UGAAAUCCAAGCUGGUGUAACAAAAGGCAGCCGCAGUCCCUAAGCCGGCACAGCUCUGAUCCGCCUCCCACCCGCCCUCCGCUGCCCGCGGGCCAUGUAAGAACUGCCCAGGGCCCCGCAGCCGCAGCCGCUGGUAGAGGGCGGCGGGUCCAUGACGCGGUCUGGCCUCUGGGGGACCUCGGGGGCUGUGAGCGCGCAGAGAGAGCCUCCAGGACCCCUUGCGGGGCUGCGGGCCGGCCCCGAAGAUGCCCACCAACGGCCUGCACCAGGUGCUGAAGAUCCAGUUUGGCCUCCUCAAUGACACCGACCGCUACCUGACAGCUGAGAGCUUCGGCUUCAAGGUCAAUGCCUCGGCCCCCAGCCUCAAGCGGAAGCAGAUGUGGGUGCUGGAGCCUGACCCGGGGCAGGGCGCCGCCGUGCUGUUCCGCAGCAGCCACCUGGGCCGCUACCUGUCCGCCCAGGAGGACGGGCGUGUGGCCUGCGAGGCCGAGCGGCCGGGUCGUGACUGCCGCUUCCUGGUCCUGCCGCAGCCCGACGGGCGCUGGGUGCUGCGCUCAGAGCCCCACGGCCGCUUCUUCGGCGGCACCGAGGACCAGCUGUCCUGCUUCGCCACGGCCAUCUCCCCCACUGAGCUGUGGACCGUGCACCUGGCCAUCCACCCGCAGGCGCACCUGCUGAGCGUGAGCCGGAGGCGCUACGUGCACCUGUGUCUGCGGGAGGACGAACUGGCGGCCGACAGCAACACGCCGUGGGGUGUGGACGCGCUCAUCACCCUCACCUUCCAGAACAGGCGGUACGGCCUCCGGGCCUGCGACGGCCGCUACCUGCGCAGCGACGGCCGCCUCGUCCGGGAGCCCGAGGCCCGAGCCCGCUACACGCUAGAGUUCAAGGCGGGCAAGCUGGCCUUCAAGGACUGCGACGGCCGCUACCUGGCGCCCGCGGGCCCCGCUGCCACGCUUCGGGCAGGCCGGAGCACUGGGCCCGGCAAGGACGAGCUCUUCGACCUGGAGGAGAGUCACCCGCAGGUGGUGCUGGUGGCCGCCAACCACCGCUACCUGUCCGUGCGGCAAGGGGUCAACGUCUCCGCCAGCCAAGACGAAGAACUGCAUCAUGAGACCUUCCUGAUGCAAGUUGACCAGGAGACAAAGAAGUGCACCUUCUAUUCCAGCACCGGGGGCUACUGGACCCUGGUCGCCCACGGGGGCAUCCAGGCCACCGCCGCACAAGUUUCUGCCAACACCAUGUUCGAGAUGGAGUGGCGUGGCCGGCGGGUGGCACUCAAGGCUAGUAAUGGGCGCUACGUGUGCAUGAAGAAGAACGGCCAGCUGGCGGCCACCAGCGACUCUGUGGGUGAGGACGAGGAGUUCAUUCUCAAACUCAUCAACCGCCCCAUCCUCGUGCUCCGGGGCCUGGACGGCUUCGUCCGCCACCGGCGUGGCUCCAACCAGCUGGACACCAACCGCUCGGUCUACGACGUCUUCCACCUGAGCUUCAGCGACGGCGCCUACCACAUCCGAGGUGCGGACCGGGGUGGGGGGGGGGUCCGCGGAAGGUCUGCACCCCAGCCCCGGCGGCCGCUGCGCCUCUCCAUCCUCAGCGCUGGGAGCUGGGCCGGGACGCCGCCCCGCCCAACCCAGGGCAGGCACAGCCCGGACCUCCUCUGGCUCCGCCUUGGCACCCCCACCCCCAGCUGCUGUCACGUGCUGGCCAUGCAGCCGCUCCCCAACACCAGGGGGAAGAGACCCCCUUCCACCCAGCGGGACGGUCCCAGGCCCCUCGUGUUGAAGCUUAAAGGGGCUUUAGGGCUGGCCUCCCCGUGGCCGUGGCCGGCUGGAUACCAGGACAGGGUCUGUGGUUCACCAGCCGGCACCCAGCACUCCCCAGCCCUCCAGGACCCCCACUCAGGCCAAUUCCCCUUGGAUGGGCUGGGUGACCUAAGCCGUCAGAGACUGCCCUUUGCUGGCCUUUGUCAGACGGUACACCUGGUUGGCCUCAGACACUCGCUGAAUGGAGCCCACACAGCCCGGGGCAGCGCUGGAGAGUGCCUCGGUCCCCGGAGGGGCCAGCUGGGGUCGCACUAAGCGGCUCAGCACCCCGGGGACGAGAAGCAGAGUGAGUGGAGGACGUUCUCUAGUGGAUCAGAGCCACGUGCAGGAGACAGAACCACAAGCCGCGGGACACCUGGUGCUCAGCGUGGCAUUCCCUCCCUGGCGGGGCACCGACGGCACCCCGACGGCACCCCAGCACACGAGGCUCCCCAGGCAUCCAGCUGGGCCGAGGUCUGUCCCGUGGCCCGCGUCCCAUUGGCUGUCAUCCUCCUGAAGACCUCAGCUGACCCCCAAGCGUUCUACAUGGUCCCACUGUCUCUGCUCUUGACUUGCUGGCUGUAUGUGUAGCUUUUCUCCAUUUCUGGAGACUACGUGGUCGACCUGUCCCUGCACCCACCCCGCCCAACCAGGGGCCUCCCGCCACCUGCCGCCACUGCUUCUCCAUCCCCAGAAGGCCCAGUGCUCAGGCCUCAUGAGGGGAGCCUCAUGAAGGGCCCAGCAGAGGCGGCGCGCUGGGGACCAGGGACAGCCGAACGGCGCCUGGCGGCGGUCCCGGCACUGCUCCUUCCACACACGGCGAGCCCACUGCCUCUGUCCCUCCUCCUCCACCCUGGGAGCAGCCUCCAGGGUGCGGUCCGUGGGGCGACCACCCACUCUCAGGAGCACCCCACCAGCCCCUCUCCCUCCUCGGAGAUGUCCUUGGUCCUCCCUGGGAGGGACUCAUGUGCCCUGGAGGUGGGGUGGGCACUCCCCCCCAGUGCUGGGGGCUUCACUGGCCCCUAGGACCACAGAGAGGCCACUGCGGGGUUCACGCAAGCAUACCCGGGGGGAGGCCCAGAAGUCCCGGUCAAAGCUGCCACCCCACUGAGGAAGAGGGGAAGCAGAAAUAAAACACCGCUGACGCCAAGGCAGCUA